CAACCUAAGCGUUGUCCUAAGCAUUUCGUUGCCUUCAAGAGACCGUGGCCAUCCGUGGCCCCAGUUGACGAAUCCUCACGAGGCUACUUCAUUGAAGAUGAGAGUGUGGAAACCGGUCCACAAGCUUCUGAAGAUGCCAAGAAGGAGAUCCUGGGUGACGUCGAAUUGCUGUCCGAGGAUCAGAAGAGCAGCAUGCUGGCAUUGAAGGAGCCGGCAAAGUACAACACCAUGAAGUUGAAGCGCGUGAGUUUGAGCUUUAGCGGCGCAUCGGUCUUUUUUUUCACCCCCUAUCGGGCGGACGGGACCCCGAUGCCGGCCUCCGUGAUGAAGUUCGACUCCAAAGAAUGCGUGGAGGAUGAGGUGGCCAAGACAGAGAAGUAUCGUGGGCUAUUUGGAUCCACGACUCCUCAGGUGGGUCGGCAGGGCACGUGGGCACGUGGGCAGUGUGAGCCCUAUGCAGACUUUGUGUCCCGUGCGGAUGUGCUGGACCUUCUGCAGAGCGUGGCGACGCUCAGACUAUUUGAGAAGGGGAUGGCGCUGCGAGCAGAUGCAAUUGGAUCACAGCAUUCGUUUCAGUUGUUCAAGGAGGGCAUUGUUGCGCGUGGCCUGGGGGAUCUUCGGAAGUAUACGGAAGCAGAGGACAAUGCAGCAAGGAAAAGGACCAAAGAGGCUGCAGACCAGGCGCACGGCUAUGGUGCUGCGGCUCAGAAACCAAUACCAACGGAUUUGCAAUACAGCGAAACCGGACCUGGAGCACGCCGGUUUUUGAACAUCCUGCAUGGCUUACCUACCACAUGGCAAUGCGCAUCUAGCGCGCAGACCACUGCAGAUGCAUACAAUGCUCUGCUCUUGAGAUCGAUGAAGGAGCUGAAAGCAAUGCUCCGCUUGAAGAUUCGCAGGAGCAAGGACGAGGCAGAAAAGAUUGCUCUGGCGGGGCUGGAAAGUGAGCUGUUGCAAGGGCCGGAAGCGUUCCAAUUCUGGUGCUGUGAGUGCUGGAAGCUGUUGAACUGGAUUGUGACGCGGAAAGUUUCAUACCUUCGGAGGAGCGAUCCUGAGCAAAUGGUUGAGGAGGAGGAUGACGAGUGUGAAGGCAUGGAUUGGGAGGAGGACAGCCUUGAAGAACAUCGAGUGAAAGAUUUGAUUUUGGUGGACAAGGAGCCCAGCGGAAGGGGACGGUUCGUUCCGGCGAGUUCGCAUACGAAGGAAGGGCCUUGCUCCAUCAUGCAGAUCGACCUCUGCGGCGGUGUCUUCGGUCUGCCGGAGUUCGCGAAGGCGCCGCCGGUGCAGACCUUAGCCUCGAUCCUGGAGGUGGAGUUGGAGAGUCCCUCGCACCAGGUGGAGGUGAUUCCGAUCAUCAACGAAGCAUUGGAGAGGCGUAUGUUUCAUUUCACCAUGUCUGCUCGAAAGAUCAAGACCUUGUCGCUGGCGAACACCUACAAAUUGGUGAGAUUCGUUGGACACGGCAUCCUGAAUCGAGCAAAGGAAGGAGCGAAACGUGGGGCCAAGAACCCUGCCUUGGCGGCGGGCUUUCAGCGACCCGUCGAGAUCGAUGAAUUGGACCCUGAUGGUCACAUGAUCCAAGAACUCUGCGGCCGAAAGCAGACCGUCCGGGACUUGUUCCAGAAGUUCGCAGAUAUGGAGCAGAGCUUGUCCGAGAUCCAACGCAAGGUGGUUGUAGGACUCUCGCAUAACGACCUGCACGGUGGUAAUCUGCUGGUGGACAGUCAGGGUCUGGUCUGGCUCAUUGACUUUGCCACGGUGAAAGAGGAUCAGCAUGUGCUCAUGGAUUUGACCAAGUUCCUGUCAGCCUGCACUUUCAUGUACUUGCAAGACAAGGUCAACGAGAAGCACGUGAAGUCCUUGGCCAAGAUGCUGAGCUGCACGCCGGACGCCACGACCGACUUGCCAUUGGCCUUUCUGAGCGACGCCAGCGAGGAUCCCAUCGCCAUUUUCUUCUUUCGCAUCAUCUCACGUUUGCGCUUCUGCAUGUGCGUCUACGAGAGCGGGCCCGGCUCGCCGGAGAACGACGGGCUGCCCUUUGCCAUCGCACUCUUCUCAUGGUCGGCACGAAUGCUGUCCUACUCCGAGCCUUCGUUGUAUCAGAAGACGCGAGCCUUGUACUGGUCCAUUGCUGGGAUGCAGCGUCUCCUGUGGUCCAUCGGUCACGACGUGGGCCCCACGGCCACGAAAUGGAUCGAGGAGAAUCGCUCCCUCUGGGAGGGCCAAAAGGGGAGGCGAUUGAGUAGCUCGGUCGCCACGGACAAGCAAGCGGUCGCCGCCUACCAGUUUGAGCUUGAGCUCCCGACGUACCUUUCUCAAGCCGGAGCAUCAGAGGCGUGGUCUUCAGACAUUUUGACCCGCGAGAAGGUGAAUGUGAGUGAAUCCUGCGUGCCGUUGACAAGCAAGUUUGAUGGACGGCUGAACACGCGAUCUCACAGUCUGUCUGCGAAGGCCUGGAUUUCGUGA